UUGGUAAGUGAAACUCAUAAAUGCCACAUAAUAAAUUCUCAACAACUGCAUGCCCUCUUCGUGUCUCACAAAACAGUCUCUUUCCACGUUUUAUCUCUUCCCCUAAAUUUCAACAACUCCAAAUACAUAAUAUUAUUAUUAUUAGAGAGAAUAAUAAAAGAGAAGGAAGUGAGAGAAAGUGAUCAUAUCAUAUCUUAUCACCAUGGGAAGGAAGAGAAGCUCACCUGUGAAUGUUCUGUUUGGUUGGUUGAGAAAACAGAAUAUGAAAAUCAAAAUCUUUGUUGGUGUCACUAUUGGGUUAUUUUCACUAAUUGCUUUGAAAUUCACUGUCAAAAAUCACAACCAUUUCUUUGUUGCAUCUGAGGCUGUUCAUGUUGCUGGAAUUCUUGUACUCAUUUACAAACUCACCACUCAAAAGACUUGCUCUGGUCUUUCAUUGAAAUCUCAAGAACUCACAGCUAUGUUUCUAGCAGUAAGAUUGUUCUGUAGUACUCUGAUGGAAGGUGAUAUUCACACAAUUCUGGAUUUUACAACACUUGUUUCCACAAUUUGGGUUAUUUAUAUGAUAAGAUUUAAGUUGAAGUCAACAUACAUCAAGGAGCUAGACAACUUCCCCUUAUAUUAUGUGGUUGUGCCUUCUGCAAUACUCGCGGUGGCGAUUCAUCCUUCGACACGACAUUUUCGCAUUGCGCGAAUUCUUUGGGCUCUUGGUGGCUACAUGGAAGCUGUUUCAGUUCUACCUCAGCUUCACUUGAUGAGAAAUGCUAAGAUGGUUGAGCCUUUUACAGCUCAUUAUGUAUUUGCACUUGGUGUCUCGAGAUUUUUCUCAUGUGCUCACUGGAUUCUUCAGAUUUAUGAGACUGGAGGAGGGUACUUAUACUUGGUUGGAAGUGGUUACUUUUGGUUCUUGGCAGCUUUUCUUGCAGAAAUGGUUCAAACAUUUAUCUUGACUGACUUUUGUUACUAUUAUAUGAAGAGUUUCAUGCAAGGACAGCUUAUAAUGAAAAUGCCAGUUUAGACACCAAAAUCUCAAAAAACAAUGUUUGGGAAACAAUGUUUGUACAUUUUCUUUUCCUUUCUUAUAUCGAAUUGAAAGUAUGGAGUUGUUAUGGCAUUGCAACCAAAUUGUUUUGUCCUGAUUUUGUUUUCUUUCUUGUUUUUAAAUUUUUGUUUCAUUUUGUUAUUUAUGUCAUUUUUUUGUGCUA